AUGGCGACGACAACAGCAGCGGCUACCGCGGCUGCUUCGAAGGAAGCGACAAAGCAGCGAGGUCCGAAUCCCACGACAGAUUACAAGCGACAUUUCAACAAGACCAAAGAAAAGUUCGAUACUGUCACUGCUGAACAAACAUCGCGCAGGUCGGAGCUGAGCCGGGCAAGCCUCAAGCAGCUCAAGUUGCAAGAGGAGCUUGACUUCCUCAUUGAUGCGAUUGCUGGUGAGCAGCUUCAGCGCCAGCAACUGCAGGAGCAAAUCAGCGGCAACAUCUCGCCGUCAGCAUCGUAUCAUGCACACCAACACCAUCACCAGGAAAGCCGGGGCCAAGCGGUAUAUGACUUGACGCAGGAGGACGAGGAGCAGAUGUUGCGCAGAAAGGGCAGGCCAAUGUCCUUUGCAGAGGAGGCCAAGCCGGAAGUGGCCGGACCUGGUUCAAGCCCGGCAAAGCGACCGAGGCCGCCGUCAUUGGACCCGCCAGAUGAAGGUGGUGAGCCACUGCAUCCCAGCACUUCAACCUCGGAAGUCUCGAUGGGUCAUGUCAAGAGGCCCAGAAACGAUUGAGAGAGAGAGGGAGCGAGGAGAUCUCGACGUUGUAAAAGUAUAGUCCUGUUCCGCUGCCCCACCAGUAUUGUAUGUACAAUCACAAUGACGUUCCACCAUCG